AUGGUCGGAUUGUUGGGGCUGCCAAGCAUUGGUAUAUUUGGCAUCUCAAGCAACAGCAUGACUCCUUUUCAUUGUGCUAUAAGAGUGAUGGACAAAGCAGCUUUCCAGCGCUAUCCAUGGGGUCAGCUUGGAUUUAGCAGCCUUGUUCAAUCUAUUAAAAUGAUAACAUUUCAAGCAGAGAAGAGUUACACAGUUCGAGGUUGUGUUCACGUCCUGUUAAUAUGGAUUUAUGAAUUCGUCCCUGGUAUUGGAGAAAAAUAUGGGAAUCAGAUAGAGGGAGCUGAUGUUCCUCUUCUAUCAUGGGGGCGGGGGGGGGGGGGGGGGGUUCGUGUGAGGCAUAUGGUUAUGAAGCUAGUGGAAGAAAUAUAUCCGAAGUGGGCGAAUGAUGAAUUCGAUCCUGAGCUGGACAACCUGAUAAAAGACAUAUUCGAUGGCCAGCUAAAUGAGAAGUUUUGGGAUGUAACCUCAACUACGAAAUCUCCCGAGAAGAGAAAAUAA